GGCAGCGUGCGCGGCUUAUCCGUCCUAAUGAUCCUCGAGCAGCUGAUGGAGGCUGUAGACUCCAACGUGCCUUCAAAGCCGUGCGACUACUUUGAUAUGAUUGGCGGGACGAGCACAGGCGGGUUAAUAGCCACUAGGUUAUCAGGAUAUAGGAAGAGUGCUGACGAUUGA